CCAUAAUUUUUUUGUUUAAUUUGAAUGGUGAGAGAUUCGAUGAAACCUUGCUUCGAUCUUCGUCUUCCUCAUCAAAGCAUUGGAGCCCCGAAUUCUAGGGUUUCCAUGAACAGGAACUCUCAUGUAAUAACCAAAAUCAAGCCCAAGAUUCGUAUAAUACAUAUAUUUGCACCGGAGAUUAUCAAGACCGACGUCAACAACUUCCGAGCCCUUGUCCAGAGUCUCACCGGAAAACAAGCCGCCGAGGCCGCCAAAACCGGUAGAAAGAGGGCCAGACCGGAAAAUCCGGUUAUCGCAAACCAAGAUUCAACCGCUGAUCACAACGAUCAAGUCAACAGGCUUACAGGUUUUUCCGGUUUGCUAGCGAAAGGCGCUGUGAAGGAAGAAUGGCCAUCAGGACGGACGUAAAUAGGAUGAAAUGUACAUACAUGUCUGAAUUUCGGUGCUCUUGAUGGGUACAUACAUGGCGAGAAACUUGAUGGACUGACUUUUACCAAGAGAAGAGUGCGAUGAAGAGUUUUGACACACACACAAAAAAAACCUAGUCAGGUUUCAUGAUUAAGAUUUAACUUGGUAUAAUACUUGUGUGUGUGUGUGAUUAUAUAUAGUGUAUUUUGGUAAAAUUAUAUAUAGUGUAUUUUUGUGAUUGAUAUAUCAUUUCUGUUUUUACACGAGUUGGUAUAUUAGAGGGAACGACUGAUAAGUG